AUGUAUUCAGUAUUGUGGGAGAGAGGCCCGUUGCUGGGCAAAGGAGCAUUUGGGUCUGUGUUUCUGGCCAAACCCACAUCCAAGUUUCGCUCUUUUCCUUCUUUGAUGGCAGUGAAGUCAGCGGAGAUUUCUGUUUCUGCUACACUUCAGAAGGAGAAAGAGGUUUUUGACAAUGUUCAGGGCUACCCUUUUGUCAUUCACUGCUUUGGUGAAGACUCCACGGUUGAAGAUAACGGUGACAUGGUUUAUAACUUGUUGCUUGAGUACGCUUCUGGUGGAAGCUUGAGAGAUUUGAUUCAUAAUUCUAGUGGGUGUGGUUUGCCUGAAAGUGAUGUCAAACGCUACACCAAGUGUAUUCUAAAAGGGCUUAAUCAUAUUCAUGGAUGUGGGUAUGUACACUGUGAUAUCAAGCCUGAGAAUGUUCUGCUUGUGAAUGUGAGUGCUAGUGCUACUGAUGGUGCUCAUUUUGUGGCCAAGAUUGCUGAUCUUGGGUUGGCCAAGAGGUCAUGGCAGAGGAAGAAGAUGAGGAUGGACUUGAGAGGCACUGCUUUGUAUAUGGCACCUGAGUGUUUGAUUGAGUGUGUGCAAGAGCCUCCCUCUGAUAUUUGGGCUUUGGGUUGUGUUGUUUGUGAGAUGUUGACUGGGAAAUCUCCCUGGGAUAGGGGAAAAGAGUUUAACAAACGGGAUCUGUUCAAUCUUAUUGUUGACGAGCGCGAAUUGCCUGAAAUUCCAACUGGGGUUUCAAGUCAAGCCAAAGAUUUUCUGAAAGCGUGCCUUGUAAAGAAAUAUAUGUAUAGGUUCACUGCUGAGAUGUUGAUGGAUCACCCGUUUCUUGACGGACUUGGUGAUGAAGAAAUACCGGCUGUUACCUGUGUUUUUGGGACAGAUGAGGCCGAUUAUGAGGUUUUUUGUUUCUCAGAAGAUUAUGAGUUAAGUUGUUCUUCUGGUGAUUUGAGCUUGCUGCCUGAUGAUGGUAUGGCGUUAUGUUUUCCUCCUUCGCAAUUUGAUGAUUUGGGAGAACAUUUGGAUGGGAGAUCAGAUGAAAAUGUGCCUGUUUUAGGCCAGAAAAGGAAGAGGGUUACUUGUUAUGAUAACCAUAUAUGUGAGAGAGCAGCGCGUCGAACUUUGAAGUGCCCUGCUUCUACCAUACCUGCUGUUGGAGCUUGA